AUGCCUCGCGGCACGGUGGCGGAUACUUGUUUCGUCACGGAUUCCCCAGGCAAGGCCGAGUGUCUGAAGAAUUGUUCCAAGAGCGACGGCUAUGCGUGCGUGGUGCCUGUGCCGAAGGCCCGUGACCCCAUGUAUCUGGACGAUGCCGUUGCGCUUGGGAGUGCCAUGUAUUGCUUCUCCGUUUACAUGGCGGACACUGGCAGCGACGGCACCGUCGCGCGCCCGGACGAGCUGGGCUUGUUGAGGGCGUCGUACGACAGGAGCAUGGGGAUCUUCGCCUGUGAGAAGUGGGGCAUCUUCAGCGACGUGCCAGGCGAUCUGAAGCCUGGCGUUGCCUUCGUGGCUGUGGACGAUGUGGACGGAGACUUCCACAUCCUGAAGCGCAAGGAGACGGGAUCUUGGAUCAACACAGGCUUGCACACCCAGGUCUGGAAGGCGAUUCUGGCAGCCGGAGAUUACAAGACAGCCGACUGGGUCGUGAAGGUGGACUGCGACGCAGUGUUUCUGCCCAGCCGUCUGAGGCCCUUCCUCGCCUCCCAGGGCGCGCCCAACCCUCUGACUGGCAUUCCCGGCAUCUACCUUGAGAAUUCUUUGUGA